AUGCCAUCAGCAUCCCUAACUGCCCUUGAGACUAUCCUCACUAGCCUCUACCCCUGCAAUAGACCCUCCAAUUGGGUUCAGAUCAUCAACACUCCCUCUCUAGAGGACCUUCGAACCCUCAUAUUCGCCCAGUUCAAUCACAACGUAUCCCCCACAGUCUUCGGCUCGGCCUCAACAGGCCUAGUCGGUGAGCAUUCUGACAUCGAUAUCAACCUCGCCUCGAGUGACACGGUCGACCCUAGACGCCUUAUAUGCUGGCUGGCGACUCGUUGUGACUACCUCGGUCGUUUUUUCGUAGAGAACUAUACUCUCAACGCACGCGUCCCCAUAGUGAGGUUGCGAGAUUGCCACACUGGAAGGGUAUUGGACGUGAGCGUUUCCAACUAUCUGCCUGAGGUCAACUCAAAGUUGGUGGCAGCAUACGUUGGGAUCAGUCCGAAGGUUAGGAGAUUCAUAAUGGCGAUUAUAGCAUGGGCAAAACGGUAUGGCCUUUGUGGAGUUCAGCAGGUCGGCGGCCUCAGCAGCUACGCCUUUACGUUGAUGUGCAUCUUCGCACUGCAGGCCACCGGGUACCUUCCCUGUCUCCAGCAAGGUCGCAACUUCACAGAUUCUUCCGAGUGCGUCGGUGGGGGUCAGGAAGAGUAUCUUCGAUAUAAUCGGGAUUCAAUACUUGGCAGCCUCCAGUUUGAUGAUCCAUGUUGUCUACUAACCCGACAAUCCUCGAGAUUUGAGAGUCUUCGCCCAUCUGCUAUGGGACGCAGAAAGCUGAUAAUAGAAGAUCCCUUCCUUCUGGAUGUGGACCUCACUCGAGUACUUCAGCCGGAGGCAUACGAACGAAUCAAAACGGAGAUCUGUGAAUCGAUGGAGUCUGUUGAGGCGACGAGGCUGCCACGAUUGGAAUUGCCUGUGCCGGUGAGGAUCCCGAGCCCGAGCUCUCUGGGCAUCUAUGAGGUCGGAGAGCUCAUCUUGAUGGCGGAAAAUGAGGAGAGCAACGCUGAGGUCUCCGUCGAGGCCGAUGAUUCCUGCGCCCUCAUCCAGAUAGAAGACCCCAAAAUCGGAUCUAUCGCCGGCAAACUCAAAGAUCUUUUUCCAGACUUACAACUAAUAGAACAUAACGUUACUGUCAAUACGGAGACGAUAGAAGAGGAAGAUCGCGGGGGCAUUUGCGAAGUACCCGUCGAACCAACAUUGCCUUGUCCUGUCACGGAAGAGGCCCGGGUCCACAUGGCCGCCAUGCGGAAGUUGGACGACUUGGUAGCCGAUCAAGCGAGGGAAGAGAUAGAGGCGAUGGAGAGGAAGAUGAGGGGGAGGAUGAUGGAGCAACAAGAGGAGGAUGAGGCGAAGGAAAGGGAGAUGAAGGAAGACUAUGGACUCUCUUGGGGUCGCCAGAUUCCUAAGGAAGGGCUCAACAAUGGAGGUCAGCAGCUCAUGGAUUCGACCAGACAGAACGCUGCUGCUAACGAGAAGUAUCUUACACCAUGUAGCAUCGUGAUGGACUCAGAAGUUCGACUCAAAUACAUCUCGACAGGACUUCUCCCUCGGAUAUAA